UCCGCCGCUUGAAGUCAUGAUAUAUAAACUCAGAUUUUUCAGUUUGAAGACACAGAGCUGCAAACGUCCAUCAACAAAGAAAGGUUAUCCUCUACUUGGAACAACAUUUGAACCAAACCGUUGACAUGAAGUUUGGGUUGCUGGUAGUAUUGGCGGUGGCCGUUCUGGUGCCCAGCCUGUCCGAGGGCCGGACCAUCUCCAGAUGUGAGCUGAGAGAAAAGCUCGGGCAGGCAAUCACGCUGCCCCCACAGCUUCAAAAGUUCAAGCAACAAUACCUGGCAAGAGUUAUCUGUGAGGUGAACAGCCAGUCCCGUCUCAACACCGGCCUGGUCAAGGUGUUCGGCAAACGCAGAACUGCAACCACAGCCACGCCAACUACUAUGGUCAAUGAAACGACCACUGAACCAACAACUAUCCAACUGAAUACCACCCAAACGACUACCACCCAACCAAUCCCAACAGAUGCCACAAAUUCAACCCUAGUCAUAAACAGAAGAAAGCGCCGGGCGCCUGACUCUGCUACUACAACCACAGCCAAGCCAACAACUCCGGUCAAAACACGACAGACUACCACCCACACAACUAAGAAGCCAACAACGCCGGUCAAAACACGACAGACUACCACCCACACAACUAAGAAGCCAACAACGCCGGUCAAAACACGACAGACUACCACCCACACAACUAAGAAGCCAACAACGCCGGUCAAAACACGACAGACUACCACCCACACAACUAAGAAGCCAACAACUCCAGUCAAAACACGACAGACUACCACCCACACAUCUACCACCCAAUCAACAACUAGAAAACUGAAUACCACUGCUCCAACGACCACCAGACCAAUCCCAACAGGUGCCACGAAAUCAACCCUAGGCACAAAUGAAACCAGAGCUGUCAACAACAGAAGAAAGCGCGAGGCAAGCAGCGAGGAACUGCUGAAUGAAGAUGAGCGAUCCAGUGAGGACCAAUCCAGUGAGGAGAGCGAGGAGUCGUCUUUCGGCCUUUACGGGCUCUUCCAGCUGUCUGACGAGACCUUCUGUAAUUCUGGUUAUCGCUCCUCCAAAAACAAGUGCAACACAACCUGCGAUGCCUUCACUGAUGACAACAUUACGGACGACAUUGAUUGCUUUGUGAAGACUGAUCAGUGGAGGUUGUUUUUAAAUUCCGCCUCUCGCGAGUGCCAAUAUGGCGCCAAGAACUUCUUCGACCAAUGUUAAAAAGAAGCUGACACGAUUUCCACCUGCCUUUGAUCCUCAUGGUUUCAUCUCAAACAUUGUGGAGCAUUUUAUUAUUUCUUCAUUUUAAUUAACCAAUGAGAUUUCUUUAAUAAAGUUAUUUUGUUUCAGUUCCUUUGUGGGUGAAUUUGCCCCCAAAAAUCACCAGAACUUGAAGUUGAACUGACAAAUGUAUUUUAGUAAUUUUAAUAGCUUUGAUGAUAUUGUUUUACCACUUUAAUCUACGUUAAAGUAAGUUUAGUUUACAAACUAAAAAUAAUAAUAAUAAAUAAAUAUUUUUUGCAUAUUCUGCUAUCUGUGAUUUUC